AUGGCCUUCGGUGGCUUGUUGGAAGGUUUUCUUGCCGAGAAAAGUUAUGACGAACCACGCCGAGGUCGACAUGUACGCAUGGAGAUGAAUCAACGACGGAGCCUUACGGGUCCGGAAAGCGACAAACUCACACUGAAAAAACUAAGCACCGUCAGCUCACCGUAUCCGAAAUACUCAUGGCCGAUGAUGGUAUCUCGAGAGGGUGCUCAAGCGCGAUAUGAUCGGCCUAUUUAUAUUCGCCUGUUCGAAUCGUCGCAAAAUAUCGGAGAAGUUUCAAAUUUCGCUUUUAUGACAGCAGCCAGAAUGACGUCAUAUGAGCGUUGA